AUGAAAAACAAAUAGAAAAAUAUCUAAUUUAUUACAUUUUAAAGACCAAUGAUGGUUAGUUACUUUUUUUUAAAUGAGUCCAUAACAUUUCCUUUUUCAAUUAAAGAAUACAAUAAUACAGAAAUUAUGAACUUCAUUAUUUUUUAUCAAUAUAAUUCUAAAUAUCUAUUCUGCUCAUUGUAAAAUAAUAAUAUUGAAUUUAUUUCUUAAAAAUAGAUGAAAUUCAUGAUUAUAAAACCUACUAGUUAUAACUAAUUAGAAAUUUAGUGUGUUUAUUUCAAAAGUAUAAUAUUUUAAUAAUUUGGACGUUUAGAAUCAAGAAAUUCAAGCCAGAUAAAGAAAUGA